AUGGUGCACCGUAAGGCUACUCCAAAAGCACGUCGAGAGCGUGUGUCGAUGGAUACUACAACUCCUCCUCCUCAGCAGCAGCAUGAGGUCGCCAAUGCAGAUGAGGAGACCUCAGCAAUCAAGACAAAGACCAAGAAGGGUAGUCGGAGGGGUAGUCGGGAUAGCAGUACCAUCGAUAGCCCCCGGAGGAAGGAGACUAAGCACUCAGCUGGUGGAAAGGCUAAACGGAGUAAGACGGAGAGCCAAGGCGCCUUUCCGGAGCAUAGAAGGGUGAUCCCCUUAACAGAGGAGCUGCGCGAGGCGAUACUGGCAGCUCAUUCAUCUGGAGUGGUGUUGAAGAAGCUAAAGCCAGAGUUCCAUCCUGAUUUAAAGGUCGAGAAGAGAGUUCCUGCUGAGGCAACGACGACGACGACCCCAAGUCCACAGCCCGCCCUUGCAGAGAGUAAGGCCUUGAGAGAGCUUGUUACUCUGCAGGGAAUGUACAUCAAAUUGAAGGACCUUGCUCUCCAUCAACAUACUGAUAUAACACGUUUACAGGCUGAGAACCAGGCCGUCAAUGCAGCCCUACAGCGUACUUUGGCUAAGUGCAAUCUAUAUAAACAACAACUCGACUACCAAAUGCAACGACAACAACAGCAACGGGCCUCCAAUCAGUUCCAGAGUGUGGACCAUUCGAGGGGUUCCGCGAACACCAUAGCAUUAUUGCAACAACUAGCGGCUACUGGUGCCAUGGACACGAGUGGAACUCAGCAGCCAUCGGCAUCUGCAUCACCCAUACAUCUAGGAGCAUUCUCUGCUACUGUGCCCUCCGCAAGCUCAGUACCCAGUCUUUUCCCAGUACUCAGGCAGGAUAGCUUUGGAGGUAGAUGA